GAAUUUCAAUGGAUUUUUUUGUGAAGACAUGUUUUUUUUUUUUUGAAUUCUUUGUGAAGACAUGUUAAAAUGAAUAGAGUGAGGUGUAAUAAAAAUUGAACCUGUUAUUGCAUGAAUGAAUGAAUUAUGAGUGAACAUUCAUUCCCUGUUUCUCUGAGUCCAAAACCAAUUCCUCACAAUGCGGAGUUCAACUUGCUCCAUUACCAGCCAUUUUCAAGUCUUUCUCGGAUCAUCUCUGUCCUCUCUCCUCCUCCAAAUUAAAAAAAAAAAACAAAUUCAAACAAAGAAAAAAAAGUUGAAAAUUUCACUAAAUUUCAGAACUUGUUUACAUGCAUGCAUAUUCGUUGCAUACCCAAUGAAAUCGAAGAAUGAAGACAAUGAGAUUUCUCAUCGUGUAGGUGAUUGAUUGUUGAAGAGAGAAAUUGUAUGCUAAAUUCAAGCUAGGUUGUGGAACACCAAAGAGUAGAAGAAUAGUAUGUCUAUCUCUGUGAGAGAUUUGGAUCCAGCUUUCAAGGGAGCUGGACAAAAGGCCGGACUUGAAAUAUGGCGUAUUGAGAAUUUUAAUCCGGUUCCCAUUCCUCAGUCUUCUUAUGGAAAGUUUUUCAACGGGGACUCAUAUGUGAUUCUGAAGACAACCGCUUCAAAAAGUGGUGCUCUGCGCCAUGAUCUCCAUUACUGGCUUGGUAAAGACACCAGUCAGGAUGAAGCUGGUGCUGCAGCUAUCAAAACAGUUGAGUUGGAUGCAGCUCUAGGAGGACGUGCUGUUCAGUAUCGCGAAGUACAGGGUCGUGAGACGGAUAAGUUCCUCUCAUAUUUCAAACCAUGUAUUAUACCACAAGAAGGUGGAGCUGCCUCAGGUUUUAAACAUGUUGAGGCUGAAGAACACAAGGCACGAUUGUUUGUAUGCAAAGGGAAACAUGUUGUGCAUGUUAAAGAGGUUCCUGCUGCUCGAUCUUCACUCAACCAUGAUGAUGUUUUUAUCCUGGAUACUGAGUCAAAAAUCUUCCAAUUUAAUGGUUCUAACUCAUCUAUUCAAGAAAGGGCUAAAGCACUGGAAGUUGUCCAAUUUAUUAAGGACACCUACCAUGAUGGGAAAUGCGAUGUAGCUGCUGUUGAGGAUGGAAAGUUGAUGGCUGAUUCUGAAGCUGGAGAGUUCUGGGGUUUCUUUGGGGGCUUUGCUCCCCUUCCACGGAAAACAGUCAGUGAUGAUGAUAAGCUACCUGAUUCUCAUCCUCCAAAGCUGCUUUGUGUUGAAAAGGGGAAGGCAGAACCCAUUGAAACUGAUUCUUUGACAAAGGAGUUACUGGACACAAACAAAUGCUAUAUUCUAGAUUGUGGGUUGGAAGUGUUUGCGUGGAUCGGAAGAAACACACCACUCGAUGAAAGAAAAAGUGCAAGUAGAGCUGCAGAUGAGUUACUCAGUGACACUGAUCGACCAAAAUCCCAAAUAAUUCGUGUAAUUGAAGGAUUUGAAACCGUCAUGUUCAGGUCCAAAUUUGAUUCUUGGCCUCAGACAACCAAUGCAACAAUGCCGGAAGAAGGUCGUGGCAAGGUCGCAGCACUUCUAAAACGUCAAGGAUUGGAUGUCAAGGGCCUCGUGAAAGCUGAUCCAGUAAAAGAAGAACCUCAACCCUUCAUAGAUUGCACAGGCCAUUUGCAGGUUUGGCGUGUGAAUGGUCAGGAAAAGAUUCUUCUUGCAGCCAAUGAUCAGUCAAAAUUGUAUAGUGGAGAUUGCUACAUUUUUCAGUAUUCAUAUCCUGGAGAAGAUAGGGAGGAGUAUCUUAUAGGAACAUGGAUUGGAAAGAGUAGUGUCGAGGAAGAAAGACUUUCAGCUAUUUCACUAGCAAGCAAAAUGGUUGAGUCAAUGAAGUUUAUUCCAUCCCAGGCUCGUAUUUAUGAAGGAAGUGAACCAAUUCAAUUUAAUGCUAUCCUCCAAAGCUUUAUUGUUUUUAAGGGUGGACUUAGUGAGGGAUACAAGAAUUACAUUGCGGAGAAGGAAAUUCCAGAUGAUACAUACAGUGAGGACGGUGUUGCAUUAUUCCGCAUCCAGGGAUCUGGACCAGACAAUAUGCAAGCUAUACAAGUGGAACCAGUUGCUUCCUCCUUGAAUUCCUCUAAUUGUUUCAUACUUCAUGAUGGAUCCACGGUUUUUACUUGGUCUGGAAGUUUUACAACUUCAGAUGACCUGGAACUUGUUGAGAGAAUGCUGGAUUUGAUUAAGCCAGAGUUACAAAGCAAGCCUCAAAAGGAAGGUGCAGAAUCUGAACAAUUUUGGGAUUUGUUAAGAGGAAAAACUGAAUAUCCCAGUCAAAAGAUUGCGAGGGACGCUGAAAAUGAUCCUCAUCUAUUUUCUUGCAACUACUCAGGAGGAAACUUGAAGGCGACAGAGAUAUACAACUUUUCCCAGGAUGAUUUGAUGACAGAAGAUAUUUUCGUCUUGGAUUGUCACUCUGAAAUCUUUGUGUGGGUUGGCCAGGAGGUUGACCCCAAGAGUAGAAUGCAGGCUCUAACAAUUGGUGAGAAAUUUCUUGAGGGUGAUUUUCUUCUAGAAAAAUUAUCUCGUGUAGCUCCAAUAUAUGUUGUCAUGGAAGGUAGUGAGCCACCUUUCUUCACUCGCUUCUUUAAAUGGGAUUCUGCCAAAUCUGCAAUGCUGGGAAACUCAUUUCAAAGAAAACUCACAAUCGUGAAAAAUGGGGGCACUCCACCUUUGGUUAAACCCAAACGAAGAGCAUCCGUAUCUCUUGGUGGAAGGUCUAGUAGUGUACCAGAUAAAUCUCAGCGUUCCCGCAGCAUGUCUGUUAGUCCUGAUCGUGUUCGUGUGAGAGGAAGAUCUCCAGCUUUUAAUGCACUGGCAGCUAAUUUCGAGAACACAAAUGCUAGGAACCUUUCAACUCCACCUCCAAUUAUUAGGAAAUUGUACCCAAAAUCUAUGAGUCCAGAUACAGCAAAACUGGGACCUAAGUCUUCAGCCAUAGCUAGCAUUAGUUCUACUUUUGAACCACCUUCAGCACGAGAAAAAUUGAUUCCUCGGUCACUUAAAGCGAGUUCAGGUGCCUCCAAAUCAGACCCGGAGAUAAGUGAAAAGGAUGAUUCUAUGAGCAGCACAACAGAAUCUCCUAAUGUACAGGGAGAUGUGAAAGAGGGUGAAGCUGAAGAUGAUGAAGGUCUCCCAGUUUACCCAUAUGAAAGUGUUAACACAGAUUCUACAGAUCCUGCAACAGACAUUGACGUCACUAAACGAGAGGCUUAUCUGUCACCUGAGGAGUUUCAAAAGCACUUAGGGAUGACUAAGAAAGAAUUUAACAAAUUGCCAAAAUGGAAACAGAACAAACUCAAAAUGGCUGUUAAUUUGUUUUGAGUUUUAAAAGUAAACUUUGCCUUCUGUUUGCUCCGCGUCAUUGAAGUUCCAGUGAGAAACUGAACAUAUGGAAGUGAAAGGGACAUCAUCAGUGUUUUUUUUUUCACAUUGCUGCUUCUGCUCCCAAGUAGCUUUUCAUGAUGAAAAGAGAAAAUAGAGAUUUUUCUUCGCAAUGGUUUGAUAUUUACGGUUCUUCCUUCCUUGAGAGCUGCUUGGUACUAAUUGUAUAGGGCUAGAGUUGUUUAUGAGCUUGUAUUCUUGAGGUUCCUUCUUAAUCAUUAUUUUUACAUUCAAAAUUGUUGUGGUGAAGCAAUUGGCUUGCAAUACUGAGGUUGUCCUGAUAGUUGAGGCAUGUACAGCAGAAUGUAAGAGGCUAAAAGCCAUUCAACUUGUUAUUUAUUUGGAAAUAAAAGUUU